CUAUAUGUUAUAGAUCAUUACCGGUUUCUGAACCACACAUUACUGUUGAGACAAAGGUUUUGAAGGGCACUUCUUACUUCUUAGGUGUCAGAUCUUGCACAUGAUGAUCUUUACUUGGACGGAAUCAUAAAAAUGAAUUUAACUAGUGAUGGUGAGACCUGUUGGACAUGCUGGGGAUAGAGAAACUGCCUGAAUUGGCUGGACCAUUCUUACAGACCGUCUUCCCGGAGCAAGAGGAGUCAGCUACCAUGAUUCAGUCGUUAGACCUAGAUCAAGGUGUCAUGGCAAAAGAUCUGACCAAAAACAGAAGGCUUGUCAUGCCAAGUUGGACUGAAGAUGAAGAGGUAAAGGAAUUACAGCAAUCGUACUGCAGGAAUAAGGUCCGAACAACUAAGUACACCUUCCUGUCCUUCAUCCUCAAGAAUCUUUUCGAGCAACUUCAUCGUUUUGCCAAUGUAUACUUUGUCUUCUUGGGUGCAUUGAACUUUGUGCCUAUUGUAAAUGCGUUCCAGCCAGAGAUCUCCAUCAUUCCUAUUGUCUGCGUGAUGUCCAUAACUGCUGUUAAAGACCUUUGGGAGGACCAACGGCGGAGGAAGUCUGACCAAAAGGUCAAUAACUGCUUAUGUGAUGUGUAUGACAGGAAGCAUCUGCGGUAUAUUGAGCGCCGCUGGGCGGAGGUGUGUGUUGGUGAUCUGGUCCGUCUCAGCUGUAAUGAGAUCAUUCCUGCUGACAUGGUGCUGCUGCACUCAUCUGACUCUAAUGGAGUGUGUCACAUCGAGACUGCCAACCUGGAUGGAGAAACCAACCUCAAACAGAGGCAGGUGGUCCGUGACCUGUCACAACAGGGAUCUGAAUUUAUUCCAGAAAACUACAGCAGUCGCAUUGAGUGUGAAAAUCCCAACAAUGACCUGAGACGGUUCAGAGGCUUCAUGGAGCAUCCUGGUAAAGGACGGGUUGGACUCCAUAGUGAAAACCUGCUCCUGAGGAGCUGCACUGUGAGGAACACGGAGACUGUGAUUGGCAUUGUAGUCUAUGCAGGUCACGAGACAAAAGCGAUGCAGAAUAACAGUGGGCCGCGCUACAAACGAAGUAAACUGGAGCGCAGACUCAACAUGGACGUCCUCUGGAGUGUCGCUCUACUGCUACUUAUGUGCCUUAUCUCUGCUGUAGGUCAUGGUGUUUGGUUGAGUGGACUACAGAAUGCUAUUUUCAUGAUUCCUGAUGAGACACACCCUGCACUCGCUGCCUUUUACUUGUUUUGGACUAUGAUCAUUGUUCUGCAGGUGCUGAUUCCCAUCUCCCUCUAUGUGUCGAUAGAGAUUGUGAAGCUGGGACAGAUAUAUUUUAUUCAGAAUGAUUUAAAUCUGUAUAACCCAGUACUGGACACAGGAGUGCAGUGCAGAGCGUUGAACAUCACAGAAGAUCUUGGACAGAUCCAGUACCUGUUCUCUGACAAAACGGGAACCCUCACAGAGAACCGCAUGCUGUUCCGCCGCUGCACUGUGGCAGGAACCGAGUACCCUCACCGUGAGAACGCGAUUUCUCUGGAACAGUAUGAGGCGCAGGGCUGUGGCGAUGCAGAUCACUCUCUAACCCUGAGGUCACGCACUAGCAGGAAGUCUCUGAGCUGUAAAUCGCUCAGCUGCAACCGGAGUUCAGUGUCCCUCAAUACCCUCACUGCAGAGUCUGACACGCACUCAGUCCACGACACGCUCCGCAGACACACACCCGGAGCCUUCAGCAGCACCAUGGAGUGUGCUGUUGUUCCAGACCCUCAGCUUCAUGUGAAGCUGAGCACACUGUCAUCCCCCAUACGUUCCCCUCUCCAACAAGAAGCUGCCGAAAUCUCUCACAUCCUAGACUUCUUUCUCGCCCUCACUGUCUGCAACACCGUAGUAGUUUCCUCACCCACUCAGCCAAGACACGUGGUUCAGAUGCCUGUGGUUCGCACACCCCUGCGCUCUCUAGAGGAGAUGAAGGCCAUGUUUCAGAAGCUAAGUCUACCCCGCUUUCCCUAUUCACCUAGUCAAAACACAGACACUCCUCCCAGCCUAACCAAGAAACUCUUCGCCCGGGGUCGUUCGGCUUCCUACUUCCCUAACAGCAACCCUCAAACACCCAUCAAAACGCUACAGUCCCCCAUCACACCUUCUGGCACCCCUUCAAGCACUCCAUCCAUCCCUGUCACUCCUGCGCUGUUGCCCAGUGGGGCGUGGGGCGAGGACGUGGACAACAUACAGAAAGCCAAAGAUAACUCUGCUGAUGAGACUGAGAGUGAUGAUGAGGAUGAGGCAGAAGAGUUGCUGUACGAGGCAGAGAGCCCGGAUGAGGCGGCAUUGGUGCAAGCAGCAAAGGCUUAUGGGUGUACUCUGCUGGGCCGGUCCCCAGAGCAAGUCCUCGUGGCUGUUCCAGGCACAGGGCCACUGUCUAUCACUCUGCUACACAUACUGCCAUUUCAUUCUGCCCGCAAGAGGAUGUCUGUGGUGGUGCGCCAUCCCCUCACUGGAGACGUGGUGGUUUACACUAAAGGAGCUGAUAACGUCAUUAUGGAGCUGGCUGAAGCUGAAGAUGGUUUCUCAAGGGAAGUAAUAGAACGGACGCAGAAACACCUGGACCAGUAUGCAAGAGAGGGACUGCGCACUCUCUGUGUUGCUAAAAAAGUGAUGGAAGAGCAGGAAUACAAAGCCUGGUUGAAGAGACAUGAGUAUGCAGAAACCAGCAUUGAAAACAGAGAAGAGCUUCUGCUUGAAUCUGCUGAGAGACUGGAAACUAAUCUCACAUUAUUGGGGGCAACGGGUAUAGUAGACCGCCUUCAAGAGGAGGUGCCUGAGACCAUUGAGGCUCUGCAGGAAGCUGGGAUUAAAGUAUGGGUCCUCACAGGGGACAAACAAGAGACGGCAAUUAAUAUUGCUUUUGCUUGCAAACUCAUUAGACCCACAGACCACUUACUGAUGGCCAAUUGUGACAGCAAGGAGGCUUGUGAGGCUCAACUUCAUGAGUUACAACUUGAGAUCAAACAAGUCACAAAUGGAGGCGCGUCUAAAGAUGAUUGUAGUUCUGACUGUGUGUUGGUUAUUGAUGGCCGUACGCUGGACUAUGCUCUGCAGAAGGAGCUACAGGAGCCCUUCCUGGAACUCACAUGCUGCUGUCGCUCAGUCAUAUGCUGCAGAUCCACCCCCCUGCAGAAGAGCCUAGUGGUACGGCUCGUCAGAGACAAGCUGAAGGUCAUGACCCUGGCUAUAGGUGAUGGAGCCAAUGAUGUCAGUAUGAUUCAGAUGGCAGAUGUUGGCAUUGGCAUCUCAGGCCAGGAGGGCAUGCAGGCGGUGAUGUCCAGUGACUUUGCCAUCUCGAGAUUUAAGUUCCUAAGAAAGCUAAUUUUGGUUCACGGUCAUUGGUGCUACACACGGUUGGCUAACAUGAUCCUCUAUUUCUUCUACAAGAAUGUGAUGUAUGUGAACCUGUUGUUCUGGUACCAGUUUGUCUGUGGCUUUUCAGGCAGCACGAUGACCAACUCGUGGGUUUUAAUCUUCUUCAACCUUCUCUUCACCUCCAUACCUCCACUCAUAUAUGGAGUGCUGGACAAAGAUGUGUCUGCCGAGACACUCCUAGAACUGCCUGAUCUCUAUGAGUCUGGACAAAAGUCGCAGGCCUAUCUUCCAUCCACGUUCUGGCUGACCAUUCUCGAUGCGUUUUACCAAAGCAUAGUGUGUUUCUUCAUACCUUACUCUGCGUAUGCAGGGUCUGAUAUUGGGGUAUUUUCCUUUGGCUCUCCAAUCAAUGGCUCCGCUCUCCUCAUUAUCCUCCUGCAUCAAGUCAUAGAGAGUCGCACAGUGACGUGGAUACACGCUGCAUUGCUGCUCUUCAGUGUCCUGUUCUAUUAUGCCUUUACCCUGUUGUUCAGCAUUACGUGUGUGACAUGCAAUUCUCCUACAAACCCCUACGGCAUUGAGACAAAAAUGAUGUCUGAGCCGCUCUACUAUUUAGUAUGUGGACUAACAACAGUCCUGGCCCUGCUACCCAGGAUCCUGUUUCGUGCCUUUUGUAACACUAUCUUUCCAUCUGACCUGGUGAGAGCACAGAAAAUGGAGAGACUCUCGGCACAAGACUAUUCCUCUUUACAGAAGUGGAGGGAGAACAAAUCCGCUCAAAAACACGUCCCUCAAAACCUCAGUGUGAAUGCUGACAUGCCCCAUUUAACAGAUUGUAUCGCUGAACCAGGCGCUGUUCUCUCAUGACCAAUAACAAAGACCCUUUUGGUCAUAUAAACAUGGUCAUUAGCUCAAAUAGUGA